AUGCCUAUUGGAGAAUCGGAAAAAGAUUACCCUAAAUCGGGAACACGGCCGUCAAUCCACAUCGCUCCCGCUAGACUGAAACGGGUCAGAGCCACCGGAACGGACCUCAGUCACGCGUCUAUGGAGAAAAUAUUCGCAUUCGACAGCCGAGGUGGCGACACGUUGUCGGGCAACGAGAUCGAUGACGUGACACGUGGCUUACGUGCCGACGCCCCGGUGGGCUCGGGUAACUCGCCCCCGCUCUACUCGCGUGAUGGACGGGCA